CCAAAUAAGCCCCACCUCAUCACCCCUCUCAAGUCCAAGUAUCACAAGAAUCCUCUUCUUCUUCAAUAAUACCAGUAGCAGCAAAAAUCCUAUACUCCUCCUUUGAUUUCCUUCUCAUUCUUUGUGAAUCCGUACCAUCUGAAUUAUGAAAUUCGACCACAAUUUGCAUCAAGAACAACAAGAAAAAGAGCAAACUGUAGUCAUCCCGAGUGAAGAAAAUAUGUGCAGAACCAUUGAAGUUGCCAUCAUUGAACCGCCCUCUCAGCCUCAAGUCUUGCCUGCAGUGAAGCUCACGCCACCGCCAACCACCGUGAAUGAUGAUGAAGAGAUGUUUAUUCCUCCUCUCAACUUUGCUAUGGUUGACAAUGGCAUUUUCCGCUCUGGCUUCCCUAACUCCACCAACUUCUCCUUCCUCCAAUCCCUCUCCCUUCGUUCCAUCAUAUAUCUUUGUCCAGAGCCAUAUCCGGAAGCCAACAUGGACUUUCUGAUGGCAAAUGGGAUUCAGUUAUACCAGUUUGGGAUUGAUGGAGCUAAGGAACCGUUCGUCAACAUUCCAGAGGAUACUAUACAUGAAGCAUUGAAAGUUGUCAUUGAUGCGAGGAAUCAUCCUCUAUUGAUCCACUGCAAAAGAGGAAAGCACCGAACUGGUUGUCUUGUGGGAUGCUUGAGAAAAUUGCAGAGAUGGUGCUUGACUUCUGUGUUUGAUGAGUACCAACGCUUUGCAGCAGCGAAGGCUAGAAUAUCUGAUCAGAGAUUCAUGGAGCUGUUUGACACGUCUAGCUUCAAGCAUCUUCCAAUGCCAUUUUCAUGUUCAAAGAGCAUUUAGUUAAAUGCUGAAACUAUGUUUGUGACAAAAUACCAGGAUAAGAGCUCAUUCUCUCUAUCCGGAUUCUGCAUGUCAACGGACACAAAAGCAAGGCAGCUAGUAAAGGUUCUUCCCCCGUGAUCCCAGCUGGUUUGUUGGCUAUGUCCACUUCUAUACUACUUCAAGCAUAGUGCUUUAAAUCCACCCAAGGUCUGGUUCAAAAUUUACCAAGAUGAGCAGUUUAUUGAUGUUCCUGCUGAAAUAAGUUGCAUCUUGUAGUGCUUUAGUGUAAUGUAUUACUGGUUUAGGUGGUCAUUUUUCACUCUUUUCUCAUGUUAGCUCUUAGUCCACUCGGUGGAUGGAGCUGUUGAACAUUUACUCAAUUCAAUUAGAUUGUCCAAGUGCAUAUGCUCAUAUUGAACUACAUUUAACUGAGAUUUUGUUAUAUAGUUGAUUACAUGCUGAUUAUUUAUGAA